AUGGCUAACAGAAUUUUAUUGUGCCUGUUGAUAGUGUGUGUGGCGACAGACUUAACAUAUUGUAAGUUUGGAAGAAGCGGCGGCCGAAGCUCCGGAAGAUCAAGCUCUAGUGGAAGAGGAUGGGGAUCGAGCAGUAGCCAUUCGAGCUAUAAGCCUUCGUCUAGUUAUAGCUCUGGUUCAAGCUGGAGUUCCGGUUCUAGUUGGAAGCCAUCGUCAAGUUAUGGGCACAGCUACCCAUCUUCGUCUUCAGGACUAUCAGGUUCCGGGUCUUAUAAACCUAGUUAUCCAUCGUCAUCAUCAGGUUUGUCUGGUUGGAGUAAGCCUAGCUACCCAUCAUCGUCGUCAGGACUAUCAGGUUCCGGGUCUUAUAAACCUAGUUAUCCAUCUUCAUCAUCAGGUUUGUCUGGUUUUGGUUGGAGUAAGCCCAGCUACCCAUCAUCUUCGUCAGGACUAUCAGGUUCCGGGUCUUCUAAACCUAGUUAUCCAUCGUCAUCAUCAGGUUUGUCUGGAUUUGGUUGGAGUAAACCCAGCUACCCGACUUCAUCGUCGGGCCUUUCUGGUUCAGGAUCAAGUAAACCCAGCUACCCUUCUUCAUCAUCGGGCCUUUCUGGUUCAGGAUCAAGCAAGCCCAGCUACCCUUCUUCAUCUUCAGGGCUUUCUGGCUCAAAGCCCAGUUACCCAUCAUCAUCGUCUGGAUCAUCUGGAAGCCGACCUUGGUAUCCGACGUCGACAGGGCUGUCUGGAUCGGGAACAUCAGGGAGUUAUGGUACAAAUAAUUACAAACCUUCAUAUGAUACUUCUUAUCACCCCAGCAACACCUACAAUACACACAGCGUUUAUGGAUCAGGGUCGUACAAUCAUGGCUAUGGCGGUAAUACACAUACAACGUAUAUUAUUCCUCCAAAUUAUCAUGCGCACCCACAGUAUGUCUACGUUAAUGAAUACCGGAAUUCAGGAAGCCGUUUUGGAGAUGUAUUAACUGGUUUGACAUUGUACAACAUGGGGCGUUCUCACAGCCACUACCACGAUCAUUAUUAUUACGAUGAUUACUAUAGAAGCCGCUAUAAUUCACCCAGUGGAGGAUACAGCACCAACAGUUAUACACAUAGUGCGUCUCCUAAAGAUGAAGCUACCUGCACAUUAAGAAUUAAAGAAAACGAAAAAUUAGAAGUAUUAAAGAUACCAUGUGCAAUCGUCUCAACAUUUGUAGAAGACGGAAAUCGUUCAAACUACACACAAACACAAACGCAAUCUACUACUUGUAUUACACAAGUUACUAUUACAAAUGACAAUAAAACAGAAAUACCAGCAAAUGCUUCAAUUAAUAUUAUAAGCACUACAACAUUAUCUUCCAACAUCUCUCAAGAAUCUACAACACAUUCUUCUAUUAUAGGUCAAAAUUCUACAGAACAAGCAUCUAUAGCUCCCGUUAACUCUACAGAAAAAUCGUUUACUUCACAAAACUUUACAACUACAGCUCCCGUAGAUUCUCAAAACAUUACAGUACUGGGCAUCAUUAUACCUCAAAACACUUCCAUGCAAACUUCAGUUUCUUCUCAAAACACUACAGCUAAUGCUUCUGUUAUUUCACUGAACUCUAAAAUGUCCGCAACUGGUAAUAUUACAAUGGUGAACACUACAUCAUGCACAACAGUUUCAAAUACUACCGAUCCUCUUAAGGUCAAGGGUCCUCCAGUGAACGCAAAGAACAUGGAAUGUACAGUUGAUAUUAUGACGAAAGAUCAUCGUAUAAGAAAUAAAAUCGAUUGCAAUAUUUUAUUACAAUAUGCUAAGAUGCCUGAAAAUAAUGAAGUAAUAGAAACGGGGAGCGCUGUUUUACCAUCGAGAAGUAAAAUGAAAUCAUGGCUCGCUAACCCUCCUUGGUGGCUGUCAUUAUUUAUUGCAGUGUAA